GAUUGGGAACGAGACCGGUGACGUCAUCGUGAAGCGGUACCUGAACUAUGACCUUGACCCCCACUAUGACCUGAAGGUGACCAAUGAGAAAGCAGAGAAAAGGAAAGAGAUCAAAAUCAGAAUCUCGGUGGAGGACGACCCAAACUACCCUCCUUUCUUCAAUCCCAACUGCUACAUCCCACCUCGGACUAGGAACACAUCAGAGAUAUGGCCAUUUAUGGGGACACUCCAUUCCUUCCUUGGAUAUCAGAACUUAAUCGACAACCGCAGAAAUGGGUCACGGUCGGUGAUGGUCUUGGACAACGAUCUUUGCGACGCAAAGGUAUACAAAGUAUACAAGGGUGACUUUUGGGACCACACCCUACCAGAAGGGACCACGCCUUUCUUCAACUUAGAGUGCACCAACGAUCAGGAGCCGAGACGGAGCACACCUACCAUCACACCAUACUGGAACGCGUCCUAUGACCGCCCGGAUGACAGCGCGAUCGACCCUCGGUGGUUCGUGGACAAGCCGAACAAAAAGUACCUCAGACACAUGCUCAUGGAGCUCAACCUCAAAGACAUGAUGACACACACACCCUCGAUCUACAAAUGCACCAUAGAACUCCAGGCUCCAAAUUUUGGGAUGAAAGCUAGCAUGGAAUUCAGUGUUGAAACCUUAGGAUGCCCUGUUGGCUUCUACGGAGGCAAUUGCAGUGAGGUGUGUGCGUGCCAAAAUGGCGCCAGCUGCCAUCCAUUCAAUGGCGCCUGCAAGUGCCCGGAUGGAUGGAAGGGAAGGGCCUGUGAUAUCAAGGAUCCGAAGGUCGUCAUGUCUCCAACCUUCCAUAACGUCACUUCCGGUCAGACCGUACGGCUUAGCUGCGAGGCCGUGAGCGUCGAUCCCGUCAGCACUUUCGCCUGGGCUCUGAACGGGAGACAGCUGACGGUAGACGAUGACAAGAUGGUGACCCUCCGAGGAUUCAACACUAAAUUCAACAGGACCUUCGUGAACAGCACAAUUACUGUGACGAUCUCCAGUCUUGAUAUGUCUGGGGAGUACGCAUGCGCAUACAGGGCCCCGGAUGGAAGGAUCUACCGACAGUUUGCUAAAGUGGCCUUAGAAGGUGAGUCCAUUGCUCUGUACGCUGUCAGCGCCCUUGCCUCCCUGUUUCUCCUGGCUCUGAUUGGUCUGGGCUUUCUGCAGUACAAGCGCACCGCGAAAGAGAAGGCUGUCGCCAUGGUGACCAAAAAUGACCCGGAUGUGAGGAAACCCCUUGCUGAGUUCCCGGAUAUGGUCCGCAGGGCAACUGUCGAGAACGAAUACGUCGUGUAA